AUGCGGUUGAAUCUGACAAAAGCUACUUCUUAAAGGGCAACUCACUUUUGGUCACAGCGGCUUUGGUUUUUCCGAACUACAUCCUCAACACUUCACUUUCUUGCCCUCAAAUUUAGUCUUUUUACCAAAUCACUUAUUAAUGACAACCUCUCAAACAUCCCUCUGUCAGCCAUUGAAGUGCCUCUAUUUUUAGCAAUUUCCAAACUGGUGGCUCGUACAAUGUCAAUUGACUAUGUCAUGGGGUGCACACUGGACAAUAAGUGUAGGCAAAACGGUAGAUUUGUAUACCAGCACAAUCUAUAAAUACAUUGUAUUAUUAAAACUGUUUAAAAGGCAAUCAUUUGCUACAUGCUACAUGUGACGUUUUCUACUGAAUAUCGACAUCUUGCAACGCAUUCCGUGCGUCUGUGGCCAAGUGGAUAAAAACGAUUUCCAUUCGUACACUUUCCUUUUGUAUAUAGCCUGGUCACUUUGGAAACCAUAGGUUACGAAUUGACGUGACUACAUCUGUGCUAAUGUUAACUGAUGCGUGUGUUCUUAUGUCGGAGUAAGAAAUGGAAGCACCACUAGUUUCGGAGCUCCUUAUAUAUGCCAUAAUUUUCACUAGAUACAGUUGGAACGUUGGCGGCGUCCCUGCCUUCCAAGUCCUGACCGGCUCUGCCUCGGGUAAAGCUGAUGAUUCUCCCUCUACCUCACCGCCUUGUCCGACCAAAUAUGUCGCAAUCAAGUGUGAAGCGGUUGGACCAACUGACGGCUCCUACAUGCUACAGGACGGAAGGUGUCAAGCUAAGAAAUCAGGCUCGCCAUAUGGAACAGUCACUAGCCGAAUAUUCUGCAUGUACACCAAUGGGAAGGUAAAUGCCAGUCACCCCGAACAUGUGGGUUACGUGGCCAAUCCGACCGCGUCAUGUCCAGCUGGAACUGAAGUUUAUGGAUGCAACCUGCAUUCACCAUGGAGACCUUCAUAUCCAAAUUCGGCUGUUGCUGCGUCCACGCUUAAUGACACCGUUCAGUGCCAGGUGACCAACUGCCAGCGCUGCAGAGUUGGUGCACAUUGUUUGUCAUCUCGAACGCUGAAGGUAUACAAGCGUCAAGCGGGAAUGAACGGCAUUGCUGGAAUCAAUCUUAAAUCCACCGAACCAGCCCACCUCACAGGGAUAGAAACAGGAACACAGCUGAAAGAAAAUAUAGGAUUCUUUCAGUGUGCUGCCAGUUGUCGCCAGGAGGCGUCAUGUGUUCAUAUCAUAUACAUUGAAACUGCAAGGCUUUGCUUCUUCAAAUUAUUAUGAAUGCACUGACCACGAUCCAUUUUCCCAAUUUUCUACAGGCAUGAUACAAAAAAGCGAUGCCGCGGACCAAACAGUACGCCCAUGAUUGCCGGCGUAAAAAAGGAAUAUCUGUGAUAGUUGUUAUUAGUAAAUGGUGGGACUACUUUGUCGAUGUGGCCGUUCUUCAAACCAUCCUAUAGCUAAUCCUGAAAGGAACGGAACACCAGAACGAAACUAUUCAAUCACAAGUCUGGUGGGGACUAUACAUGCUUCCCGAAAUUGGUGGCUUGCAUUGGAACUAACUUUUUCCCCCUUGUCCGUCAUUAAAGGCAUUCAAGUGUGUUGGUCAACCAUGACUAUCUCCUUUGUCCCUCCACCAUAAGGCCUAGUUUCCCCUUAUGACAUCACUAUUUCGGACUCGGCGCCCCAUUUCUGGAAAGGUGUAUAGCUGGGUUCACUUUAAGCCUGUCACUACAAGGCUUUUUACCGAAGAGUGACAUCCCCUGGCGCGUUUCUGAUGUUGAAAAUACAUUGUGUAGAUGAAUAAAAUAGAGUAAAUAUUCCAUCUAUUGUGAGUAAAUAAAUAUAUACGCAUUA